GAUCGCCAGGAAGUGCGAAGCCGAGCCGUCGAGCGGGACGACGAAGCAGCGCGGGGCCGCUCAUGGGGAAAGGCGAGGAGCAAGGCGGGGUGUGCGGCGAGCGGGAGGCGCCGAGCCCCUCGUACACCUGGGAUGAGAUCCAGAAGCACAACGUGCACACGGACAAGUGGCUGGUGAUCGAGCGGAAAGUGUACAACAUCACCCAAUGGGCCAAGCGACACCCGGGGGGGCUGCGCGUGAUAAGCCACUACGCUGGCGAAGAUGCCACGGAUGCAUUUAAGGCCUUUCACCCUGAUCCUGUGUUUGUGAGAAAGUUUCUUAAGCCAUUAUUGAUUGGAGAACUUGCCCCAGGAGAACCUAGCCAAGACAGAGGCCAGAACUCUCAGUUGGUGGAAGAUUUCCGUGCCCUGAGGAAGACAGCAGAAGACAUGAACUUAUUCCAAGCGGAUCCUGUGUUUUUUUCUCUUUACUUGGGUCAUAUCCUUGUGAUGGAGGCUCUGGCUUGGCUUAUGGUUUCGUACUGUGGUACUAACUGGAUUACGACCUUCCUCCUCGCCAUCAUCCUUGCAGUUUCCCAGGCCCAGGCUGGAUGGCUACAACAUGACUUUGGACACCUCUCUGUGUUUAAGAAGUCUACAUGGAACCACUUAGUUCAUAAGUUUGUGAUUGGUCACUUGAAGGGUGCCUCAGCAAACUGGUGGAAUCACCGUCACUUCCAGCACCAUGCGAAGCCAAACAUCUUCAAGAAGGACCCAGACGUGAACAUGGUGCACCUCUUUGUCCUGGGAGACACACAGCCUGUCGAGUAUGGAAAGAAGAAGCUGAAAUACUUCCCAUAUAACCAUCAGCACGAAUACUUUUUUUUUGUUUUUCCACCUCUCCUCAUUCCAGUUUACUUCCAAAUGCAAAUCUUCAUGACCAUGUUCAGACACAAAUUCUGGGCGGACCUGGCCUGGGCCUUCAGUUACUACCUACGCUAUUUCACCAUAUAUAUCCCCUUCUAUGGAGUUCUGGGAUCCUUGUGUCUCCUCACCUUUGUCAGGUUCAUGGAAAGUCACUGGUUUGUAUGGGUCACACAGAUGAAUCACAUCCCAAUGGAAAUCGACAAUGACAAGCACAGAGAUUGGCUCAGUGCUCAGUUGGCAGCUACCUGCAACAUUGAACAAUCCUUUUUCAACGACUGGUUCAGUGGACACCUGAACUUUCAAAUAGAGCACCACCUGUUCCCCACGAUGCCGCGCCACAACUACCACAAGAUUGCACCGUUGGUGAGGUCCCUCUGUGCCAAGUACAAUGUCCCUUAUGAAGAAAAACCUAUCAUGAAAGCAUUCUCAGACAUUGUUGGGUCCCUAAAGAAAUCUGGAGCACUCUGGUUGGAUGCCUACCUCCAUAAAUGAAGCUGGAUUUCAAUAAAGGGGAAGGUGUUAGGCAAAGGGGGGGGGCUGGGGAUGUUCACAUAUGUAUUCUUAUUGUCCAAUUUCAGUGUGUAUCUGUGUGUACACAGCUUGAAGGGAAUUUCCUGUAUUUUAAAAUUGAUGCUGGGGUGGGUUCAGGGGACCUAUUUAAAAUCAGAGAGGGUUUCAGACAGGUCAGUUAAUGUCCAUAGAAUCUGAAUGGAAAACGCUGAUCUGAACACGUGAUGGAUGAGAAUUGUCCCAGUAGGUUUGGGGGUGGGUAUUUUGAGAAGGGAGGGUAAGUGAAGAAGCAAGUAGGCAGAGAUACUCUCCUGUUCCUCUUCCUGAGACUUACUACUUACUAUUAUUACUGUCCCAGACUCUCAGGUACUUGAUUCAUCUACACCGAUUUUAUUUUUCAAAGCAGUCAAGCUUCUGCAGAUGUUUGAAUCGCAAAACAAUCAUGGCUGGCUCUUUUU